AUGGGCCUUUUUGGAGAGCGGGAAGCUAAUCCCUACAAGUCUAAAAACCUGCUGUUCCCGGAGGAGGUCUUCAGAGAAGGCUUCCUGGAGGAGGUGGGCCUCGGCUGGCGCGUGGAGGCGAAGGAGGACGGGGCCGGGGGUGGCGGUGGUGGUGCUUGGAGUUCAGAGAGAGGGCGUGCGAAGAGCAAGGCGGAGCGCGGCACUGGGGCCUCUCUGGCAGGUGAGCGGCCCAAACGGACCUGCAGAGCUGGGUCUCCCUCUGGCCGCCCCUCGCGCCCCGCGUCCUCCAGGCGGUCCUCUGUCCCGCUCCGCAGAGGUCGGAAGCCGGAAGGGCCGCUCCUGCGGCUGCGCGUGCGCUCGGGUCCAGAGCAGGGCCUCCGACACCGUUGCCAGCACUCCCGGCGCCCCGCCGCCCCCCGCGGGCGUCUGCUGGCAGCUCGCCUCCCGCUGAGUCAGCCUAACAGCAGAGUUGAGCAAUUAUGCGAGACUGUAUGGCCCCCAAAGCCUAAAGUGUUUACUACCUGUACCUUUCCAGGCUUGCUGCCCACAUUCCAGGGGGUGCUCAAGUCCCUGGCUGUUAAGGAGGCAAUUCUUUUUUGGAGAGCACGGCCUGUGGAGGGGGAGGGGAUGCCGGGCCUCAGGCCUGAUGCGGGGGUUCCCACCCUGGGGAGCCAUUCCAGCUCUGCUAACCCUUACCCAAGGUUUUGUCAUGACGCAGUAGAGCCCUCCUUACUUGCACCCCAGGCCACCCUCUGUCGUGGCUGAACUUCCUCCACUCUGGGGCAGGGAGCUACUCACUGCAGCCUGGGGACCCAGUACAAAGCACAACAGCAGAAAAGGGCCUGCUUCACCUGUUGGCAGAGGCUUCCUGCCUCUCAGUCUUCUUGACUCUCCCUUUCACCCUUGACCUAAGACAAAGCCCUCAACCUGCAAGAGCAAUAAAUCUGCAUACCUGUUUCUACCCUG